GGGGCGGGACUGGCUCGGGAUUGGCUGCCGCCGUCCGACCCCUUUCGCCACCCGCCAGUCGCGGUCGCUCGCAGGCGCCUGCGCAAUGGGCCGGCCGUGGGGGGCGGGAAGCGCUUCGCGGCAGCGGAGCCCAUGUCGGCCCUGAGGCGCUCGGGCUACGGCCCCAGUGACGGCCCUUCGUACGGCCGCUACUAUGGGCCCGGUGGAGGCGAUGUCCCGGUGCACGUCCCUCCGCCCUUGUACCCUCCGCUUCGGCCCGAGCCACCUCAGCCUCCAGUUUCCUGGCGAGGGCGCGGGGGCGCCCCGGCCGAGACCACCUGGCCCGGAGAAGGCGCAGGUGGCGAUGCCUACUACCCCUCGGGAGGCGCCUGGGCAGAGCCGAGUAGAGCCGGAGGCGGACACCAGGAACAGUCACCAUAUCCUGGCUAUAAUUCUAACUACUGGAAUUCUGUGCGACCGAGGACCCCAUAUCCAAGUGCAUAUCCAGUGAGACCAGAGUUACAAGGCCAGAGUUUGAAUUCUUAUACAAAUGGAGCAUAUGGUUCACCAUACCCUCCUGGUCCUGGACCAAAUACUGCCUCAUACUCUGGGGCUUAUUAUGUACCUGGCUAUACUCAAAGCGGUUACUCUACGGAAGUUCCAAGCACUUACCGAUCACCUGGUAACAGCCCAACCCCAGUCUCUCGUUGGAUAUAUUCCCAGCAGGACUGUCAGACAGAAGCACCUCCACUCAGGGGUCAGGUUCCAGGGUAUCCUUCUUCACAGAACCCUGCAAUGACCUUGCCCCAUUAUCCCUAUGGGGAUGGUAACCGCACUGUGCCACAGUCAGGAGCAACUGUACGACCACAAGAUGACACAUGGGCUUCUGGUGCUUAUGGGAUGGGGGCCCGUUACCCCUGGCCUUCAGCUGCACCCUCAGCCCCACCUGGAAAUCUGUACAUGACGGAAAGUGCUUCCCCCUGGCCUGGCAACAGUUCUCCUCAGCCACCUCCUUCACCGCCACCUCAACAACCUAAGGAUUCCUCCUACUCCUAUGACCAGUCGGGUCCGGGUCCAGGCAUGAACCGGCACAGCUUUCCUUGCAGUGUCCAUCAGUAUGAAUCUUCGGGAGCCAUAAACAAUGAUAAUUCAGACCUUUCGGAUUCUCAAGUCCAGUACAGUGCUGAACCUCAGUUGUAUGGUAAUGCCGCCAGUGACCAUCCCAGCAAUCCUGCUCAGAGUAAUCAUCUCCCUGAAGAGUGUUUCUCUUCAGAUGAAGGCACGCCUCCAAGUAUUAAAAAAAUCAUACAUGUGCUGGAGAAGGUCCAGUAUCUUGAGCAAGAAGUGGAAGAGUUUGUGGGGAAAAAAACAGACAAAGCUUACUGGCUUCUGGAAGAAAUGCUGACAAAGGAACUUUUAGAACUGGAUUCUGUUGAGACUGGGGGCCAGGACUCUGUCCGUCAGGCCAGGAAAGAGGCUGUCUGUAAGAUCCAGGCCAUACUGGAGAAAUUAGAGAAAAAGGGAUUAUGAAAUAAUUUGGAAUGAAGGGUUAACCUGUUACUAAUUUGGCCGAAGAACUCUUGAAUUUGGUUAGUUACCAUCUUUUAAAUGCCUGUUGUGACAAGAAACAGCACAGUCCAGCUUCUGGCUUCAAACUGAAAGGAAAAGAAAUUGAAAAGCUGACAGAGGAAUGGAAGAACACAUUACAGUUUUGGUUUUCAGAUGACUGAACAUAAUACGAAACUGGAAUUGUCAAUGUUGCCAAGUAGACCUACUCCUUAAGAAAUCCAUGGGCAUCUCUAGGCUGCUUCUUAUCAACAGGAGGGAAAUAGACUUUAUGUAACAGGUUAUCAGUGCAUAGUCUGAGACAAGCAGGCUGUUUUGUAAGCAUCCAGACUGUCACAUUUUUGUGCAUUGUGACUGCAUAUACUUCAUGUGUAAAUUAUAGCUUAGACUCUUGGACCUCUGUUUUAUUAUCUGCAGUUCGCAAAUGUAAUAUUAUUCUACUUGGUACCUUUUGUAGUAAUAUGUUUAAUAAUCAAAUACUGGCAGCCAGAUAGAUGGGCAGUUCUGAUUGAAUUCAUAUCCUUUCAGCCUUGAAUAUAUUGCAGUGUGUAGUGGGCUCCUGAAGUCAAUCACUUAUCUCCUUCUUGUGUGGCAUGUUAUGUUAGUGUUCUUCCCACUUCUGCUUUUCACAGUAGUCAGGAAGGUGAUUUUGGAAAUUACAUUAACAUAGAAUCACUAUGUUUGUGAACAUUUUACUUCUUUGCUUUUUUUGUUGUAUUUGGAUAAAGAUCCAGUUUUGAAAUUGUUUUUUUAAGAAAAAUAUCUUUGGCUAUUGCUGCUUCUAUAGAGAGCCUUAUGAUAGAAACAUGAAACCUAAAUGCUACAAUUAGUAUAAAUAGUGACUGCAAAAGCAAAAAAUAUGACUAUUUAAUAAUACUGUUCUCCAUUUAAUAGUUUCUGUUAAACAGAUUUGAGCUCAGUUUAUAGCUGAUAGAAGGAAAAGGAGAUUCAUGCUCAGGGAAUGAGUCAGCCAUAGCUAAAGUAGAAAACUCAUUGUUUUCUUUAAAUUUGGUCUUUAUUUCAUAGAAUAAAUUACAUAGAAUUACCUGUUUCAUAAGAAAGAUGUUAUUAUUAAUAACAGUCCAUUUGGAACCAAGUUUAAGAAAGGGGCCUUUCUUGUUUUUCCAUAUAUGUUAUUAUACAGAGACAGGUAAAUAAUUUAUCUUUUAAAUCUAAAGUGGGGUCUAGCAUUCAGUAAUCUGUUUUUGCAACAAAAGCAGUUUCUUAGUAAAAUAUCAAAGUGGUACUUGUUUUCUAGACUAGCAAGCCUUUUUAUUAGUGAUACUAAACCUGUAGCCAUUCCUUCUACUCACAUGGAACCAAAUCAAUGCCAAUGUGUCAUGAGUAGAAACGUAGUCGAAAAUGUUGUAUGGAGGCCGGGGAUAUGGCUAAAUUCGUAGAGUGUUUGCCUAACGUGCAUGAAGUCCAGGGUUAAAUUCCCAGUAUUGCAUAAACCAGGCAUAGUGGUACAUACCUGUCUCAGCACUGGGAGGUGGAGGCAGGAAGAUUACAAGCUUAAGAUUAUCCUCAGCUACAUCAUGAAUUCAAGGCCAUUCUGAGCCACAUGAGAUCCUGUCUCAAAAACUAAGACAGGUGAUUUAAGAUUUGAUGAUUUUAUCCAAGAGUCUGUUUUUAAAGCAUUUUAUUAGUGUAUAAAUUUGAUUUGGUGGUAUACAUUUUUAAUCAAGACAGAGGCAGGAGGUAAAUCUCUUGAGUUCAAGGUCAACCUGGUCUACAGAGAGUUCCUGACCAGUCAGGGCUCCAUAGUGAGAGACACGUGCUACCUAUCUAUCCUACCUACCUACCUACCUACCUACCUAUCCUACCUACCUACUUAUCCUACCUGCCUACCUACCUAUCCUACAUACCCACCUACCUAUCUAUGGCAUGUGUGUGUGCUCACAUGUGUGUUUUAUAUCUACAAGUUUUGUUUUUGAACAAUGUCGUGCCGGUUGACCUUAAACUUUGUACGUAGCCUAGGACAACCUAGAGGUUCUGAUGCCCCUGCCUCACCCUUCAUUACAGUGGUAUGCCUGGUUUCUGUGGUGCUGAGGAUCAGAGUCAGGGCUAUAUGUAUGCUAGGCAAGAACUGUAUUGAUCUUGAGCUAUAGCCCUCAUUCUCUUCCUUUUGACCUAAUAUAGAAAUGCUUUUAAAGGGUUUCUAAGCUGGACAUGGUGACCCGUGCCUGUAACCCCAGCAUUCCGAGGCAGGUCUGUAGAUCUCUGAUUCUGAGACCAUCUUGGUCUACACAGUGAGUGCCAGGCUAGCCAGUAGUGAGGCCUAGCCACCCCUCAAACAUUUUCUAUAAAAAUACGACAAUUACAUUUAAAAGUUUAAGAGGAGAAACCUUAAAGCUGUGUUGCCAACAAGACAGUGACUGAUUCAGAACACAUUACACUGCCCAAGAUGCCAAUUUCUGCACAUCCUUCAUUUUUACAUAUUGUACACAUUAUACACAAAUGUACAUAUAUGUGUAUAUAUCUUAAGUUAUUUUUUGAACUAGUAACAUGAGUUUAAACUUACAGAAGAGUUGUAAACAUAGUAGUGCUCCCAUGUGCCCUCCAUCUGCCUUUCCCUUGUUUUGACAUCUUACCUAACAACUAAAGCAUUUGUCGAAAUUAAGAGUUCAUCUUUUAUAGUGCUAUUAAUAUUAGCUACAAUAGCAAGCUAAAAGUAGAUAUUUUAUUAAUCUUUUUAUUAGCAUCCUUUUAACUGUUCUGGAUCCCAUCUCGCAUUUACUUGUGUCUCAGUUGUCUUCACUCCGUGGCGCUGUAUCAUACGGAUAGCUGGUGUCGUCAUGUGUUUCCAGUGUGCUUCCCUUUGAGCACUCUGCUGAGGUGGUGUCUCUAGGAUGCUCUGCUGUAAGCUUACCCUCCUUCCUUUGUAAUUACUGAGUAUUUGCUAGAGAUACUUUGAGACUAUGCAAAUGUCCUGUUUCUGCUUAGAGUUUGCCUCUCCUACUAUCUCCCGGCAGGUCUUGCUUGUGGCAUUUACUACUGUGGCGUUCAAAUGGUGAUUUUUCUAUUUGUUCCAUUUCUUCUAUAUUUAAUAAUUGGAAUUCUUCUAGAAGGAAGAACUGUGGGUUCUGGAUUUAUAUUUUUAAUUAUAUCAAGAUAUUCAGGAUAGGUACAAACUCAGAACUUAAAGAUAUAAAUUGUGUUAAUUGAUUCCAAAUGGCCAAUAUCAAAGAAAAAAAAGCAAUGUUGGUGACUUGUCUUUGGAAAUAUAAUGAAUUUAGGAUGAAAAUAGUAUUUAUGAUUUGUAAAAUUUAUCUGACUUUUGACUUAAAAUUGAUUUGAAACUGAAACAAUUUUCUUUUGAAAUUUUACAUCUAGACUUUUUUAAGGUGUCUAAAUUUAUAUUACUUUGGGGGUCAUUUUUGUCAAAUCUUGAAUAAAGUUACCUACACCUGGCAUGAUAAA